CUCAAUCGCACGUGCAUUGCUCAAAUUGUUUCUCUCUCUGUGUGUUUACAUUUUUGCAAAGUGCACCGCAUCUCGUGCUUAUAAAAAAAUUGUUUUAAUUAUUUCUUAUUUUUAUUGAUAAAUAGUCAAAAUUCGCGUCUAAUAUAAUAAGAGAAGAUGUUUGUCAACGAAGUGAAUGAUGUGAAAAUAUAUAAUCUAAGCGCUGGAAAAUCUGUGCCAGAAUGGCUUACAGAUCGUCGCAAGCGUUCCCAAUUAAUGAAGAAGGUCGAUUCACGUCGACAAAUUGAGCUUAUACAGGAUUUUGAUAUGCCAGGUGUUUGUACAUCGAUACGCAUGAGCCCCGAUCAACAGUAUAUAUUAGCGACAGGCACCUAUAAGCCACGAGUUAAAUGCUUUGAAGUCAGUAAUUUAUCUAUUAAGUUUGAGCGUUGCUUUGAUUCGGAGGUGACAACAUUUGAGGCCAUCAGUGAUGAUUACAGUAAAUUAGUUUUUUUACAGUGUGAUCGGUUUGUUGAAGUUCAUUCUGCCUCCGGCCGACACUACCGUUUGCGUAUACCACGCUUUGGACGUGAUAUGAAGUACCACAAACCAUCUUGUGAUCUCUUCGUUGUGGGAACAACGCGUGACAUUUACCGUUUGAACUUAGAGCGUGGGCAAUUUUUGCAACCAUUUGAAACGGAUGCAAGUUGUAACAAUGCUUGCGAUAUUAAUCCCGAACAUCAAUUACUUAUUGUUGGUAGUAAAGAGGGCACGGUAGAAGCUUGGGAUCCACGUAGCAAAUCACGUGUGGGCACUUUGGACGUAGCGAUAAAAUUGCCAGGCACAAAAACGUUUCCGUCCGUAUCCGCUUUGAAAUUUAAGAAUGGCUUGCAAAUGGGCGUAGGCACAGCUUCGGGACAUGUGUUACUCUAUGAUAUACGUGCACAAGCACCAUUGCUGGUAAAAGAUCAUUUAAAUAAAGUGCCGGUAAAACGUAUAUCUUUCAAUCCGAGUCAUCAAACAGUAUAUUCGUUGGAUGAUGCCAUGCUAAAGUUAUGGGAUGAAAAUACGGGCAAACAAGUGGCAUACAUUGAAUCCGCUACCACUUUUAAUGAUUUCUGUACCAUACCCGAGACAGGAAUGGUAUUCCUUGCUCAAGAAGAUGUCAAAAUGUUAACCUAUUAUGUGCCAUCAAUGGGUCCCGCGCCGCGUUGGUGUUCAUUCUUAGAUAACCUCACCGAGGAAAUAGAAUCUGAGGUGGUGGAGAAUAUGUAUGACGACUACCAGUUUAUAACACAAAAGGAGUUGGAAGAACUAGGCUUGGAACACUUAAUUGGAAGCAAUCUACUAAAGGGUUACAUGCAUGGUUACUUUAUCGAUGCUCGUUUGUACAAUAAGGCUAAAGCGGUGGCUGAUCCAUUUGCUUUCGAACGCUUCCGCAAAGAGAAGAUACGUAAAGAAAUCGAAAGCGAACGGAAGUCACGUUUGCAGAUCAAAACGAAACUACCAAAAGUCAAUCAAGAAUUGGCACUCAAAAUUAUGGACGAACAAACAAAUAAUGCAAAAGCAGCCAAAACCACAAAUCUACUUGAGGAUACACGUUUCAAGGCAAUGUUCGAAAAUCCUGAAUUUGCUAUUAACAAAGGUGCCGAGGAAUACAAAUUACUGGCACCAGUAUUGAAUCGCCUGGAAAAAUCCAAAAUCAAGGAUAUUAAAAAACGUAUCGAAGUGGCGCGUGUUGCGGAGUUGCAUGCUGAAGAGGCGAAACCACACGAGGAAAGUGACAACGAUGAAGAUCUGUUCGGCUUUGAGAAAAGCGAUGACGAUAACGAAAAAUCGCCUGACGAAGAUUCUUCCGAUGAAGAAGGUAUGCGCGAUUAUGCGAAGGAAAUGAAGAGAGCCUACAAAGAUGUUAGAAAGCAACGUGAGGAAGAGGUCGAAGCAAUGGAAAAUGAAAAAGAAGGCGAAGCACAUAGUGAAAAUGAGCAGAUAAUUAAAUCAGCUAAUGCAAAUAAUUCGGAAAACAGUAAACAGCGAGGAGGUCAGGUCAAAAUGACCUCUUUAGAAGAUCACAACAUGAAGCUGAGCGAAAUGCGCUCUAAAAUAAUGAAAAUAAGUCUAAAAGAUCGUGUCAGAUUCAAUGAAGUCACCAAAGCGAACGUGACCACGAUUGGACGUAAUUUGGGCAACCGACAAAUGACGUUCGACUUAAAAAGGAAACCCACGAAAGAUGAAAAGAAGCGCGAAUACUUAAUGAAAAAACAUAGGGAAGAAAGAAAAAAGGUUAUACGACCUAUAAAUACGCUGAAACUUAAAAAAGUAAAUUUUAAGUAA